GUUAUUUUCAUCAUGUUGUAAAAAUGUUGUUUUUAGCGAUUUGUGGAUAAACUAUGUAAACGUGACAUAACAGAUCAAUGGGAGCCGAAACAAGUUCUUUAGAAGAGUGUUCCCUUGAACCCCCUGUAAUCCCUGGUUCAGAGACUGAAUGGGAAGUCCGACAUGGUAUCACGUUUGAGAACGACACACCAAUAACAGUUUUUAGUGAGAGAUCCAAGAAAAAGGACAACUUGAGAGUAUUUGAAAGAAAUAUAAAAUUUUUGAAGAGUGUUCGUCAUCCAAAUAUCCUUCAUUACAUCAGAGAUGGAAAGAAUGAGGAUCGUUUCCUUGUUACAGAAAGAGCAACACCAUUGUCACUUGUUCUUGGAGAUUUAUCGUCCAUGGAAGUUGCCUCUGGCAUUUGCAAUAUAAUUUCAGCAUUGUCGUUUCUUCAUGAUAAGGCUAAUAUUUGUCACAACAAUAUCUGUGCUGAUGCAGUUUAUGUCACUGAGAAUGGACAUUGGAAACUUGGUGGCUUUGAAUGUUCCUGUCGUUUUAUAGAAGCUUCCCCAGAGUUCUUAAAAAGUGUUGAAAAAUUUAGAAAUGAAAAUAGCAUAGUCCCUGAAGAAAGGGGAGGAAGUUUGAAUUUAACAACAGAAUUUGGUCAUGUAAGAGAUGUGUAUAGUUUUGGUGUUCUGGUAGACUCCUUACUUGAACAGUUAGAAGAUUUAGAUGAAAUAAUUAAAACUUUUGAACUUAGAAUUCAAGAUGAGUGUUUAAACAGUGAUCCAAAACAAAGACCAAAACUUCACACAUUUCUGGAGGAUAAAAUAUUCAGUAAUGAUUUAUUAUCUUUAUCAACAUUCCUACAUCAUAUUACAUUGAAGAAUAAAGACGAAAGAGAAGAAUUCUACAGAAAUUUACUCCAAAGACUCCAGUCUCUACCUGAAGAAACUGUAGGAAAACAUCUAGUCAAACCAUUGUUAUGUAGAUUUGUUUUAUUAGACAAAACAGCAAGGGAAGUUGUGGCUCCUCAUAUACUGACUCCUAUUAGAGAUUUAAGUAAUGGAAGAUUUGCUCAGAGAAGGGAGAUAACUCCUGUAUUUUCAGAGUCAAUAUACAGAUCAUAUGUCAUACCAGAGUUGUAUAAAGCUUUCUGUUGCCAUGAAAUAAACAUAAGGACUUUAUUACUCAAGUUUUUUCCAUGUUAUGUAGAUUUAUUUGAUAAAGAAAAGUUGGAAGAUAUAAUUUUUCCACAGAUUUUACUAGGUAUUCGAGAUACAAAUGAAGAGUUAGCUGCCCUUAGUUUACACUGCCUAGCAGACAUGAUAUCCAUACUUGGUAGAGAUGUAGUAAUUGGAGGGAGGAGUAAAACAUAUUUCAUUGAAGGUCUGCCAAAGAAUGUAAAUGCUAAUCUACAGGAAAAAGAUCCUGCCAAAAAUAUAAAUGGUGUCAUUGGCAAGGUGAAGUUAAAGGACCUGGCUACCCUUAGCAAAACAAAGACAGAAAGUAAUCAAAGCUCACCUUCAGACAGUAAAAGUAAAGAAGAAAAAAUGAAGGAAGCAAGAGAAAGAAGAGAGCAAAAAAGACUUGAAAGACAAAACAAAAAGAAUUCAUUGACGAAAGCUACAGCAGAUGAGAGAAAUAAAAUUGAUACCAUAGUCAAAAGCGAACCUGUAGACCAGGAAAUAAACAUGGAACUAAACCUUAUAGACAGUGUUCAACCAGAAGUGUUCAGUACAGACAAAGAUGACUGGUCAGAUUGGGAGGAUGAGAAUCAAUCUCUUAAUGAUGAUUGGUCAAAUUCAUCACAUGAUCGUGUGCCAUCACCUUCAAAUUCUAGUGUGACCAAAGAGACAACCCAGUCACUAUCCUCAAAUAAACAUCAUUCCCCCAAUAGAUUUCAUCCUACUGAUACAAGGACUGACUCCAUGGGUUCAACAGAUAAUGACAUUAAUGACAAUACAAGUAAACCCUCCAGCAAAUCUAAUCGUACAUUUAAAAAAUCUGGAAUGUCAUUAAAAGGGAAAGUAAAAACUAUCAAGCCUCAAGCUAACAAACCUCUUGGUGCUGAAUUUGAUAUUCAUAAUGUGGAGAUAAAAGUUCAGGCUCAGAAGGAAGAGGAUUUUUUUGCAGAUAUGAUUCCUGAAAUUAAACCAACUACUCCAAAAGAAAAUUUGUCAUUGAGUUUACCUAAAAGUCCAGUCAGUAGUAGUAAAACUGAGAAAUCCUCCAUGUUUGUUUAUACAGAAGCUGAAGUUGACAAGGACACAAGUGCUAGUGGAUGGGGUGAUGAUGAUGGAUGGGAUGUGGAAGGAUUUUAAUGGAAAUUUGUGGACAAUUUGUAAACCAUUUGCAUAAAUAUUAUGAUUCAUUGGAUAAAUUAUCCUUAUCCAAAAUCUUUUGGUAUCCAAAUAUUUUUGGUAUCUUUUGGUAUCCAAAUAUUUUUGGUAUCUUUAUGUAUCCAAAAUAUUUUUGGUCUUGUGGUGUCAAUAGCUGUUUGUGAUACAUUGUAAAUUUUUAUGUUACUAAAGGCAAAUGUAGUCAGUCCAGGAUGAGGGUUUGUUUGGGGUUUACAGAAUAGAGAAUAAUGGGCAAAAGCUACAGAAAAAUGGACCCAAAAAAUAAAGAAGAGUGAAUUAUAGGGCAAAAGAAUAAAGAUGAGACAAUUAUAGGGCAAAAAAAUAAAAAAUAGAGAAUUAUAGGGUAAAAAAAAUAAAGAAAUAGAGACUAAUGGGCUAAAACUAUAAAUAAGAGAGAAAAAUUGCCUAAAAAAAUGAAGAAUACAGAAAUGAAGGACCUCCCAUCCAGACCCUCCAGAAUGUUACUGCUCAUUUUUGGUACAUGUCUGUCAUCUUUUAUCCUCGUCAUGUCACAUUUAAUAAGUAUUAUAGACUUUUUUGGUAAGUUAGUUUUACCUAAAAAAAGAGGCAGAAACUAUUAAAUCAAAUCGUGAAAAUUGAUUGAACAAAAAGAUUAAGAACUAAUAAAUCAAAAGAUUUUACAUGAGGUUUCUUAUUCAAAACUGUCAUUAAAUUAUCCAAAUAAAUGAAUGAAGUAUUCAAAGUGAUUGAAAUCACUAGUGGGAAAAUUGACGAGUAGUUUGAAUAAUUUCAAAUCAUCAUUAGAUAUAUUAUGGACAAAAAAAAACCUUGAUAUAGCACUAUUGAUGACAGUUGAAUCAACUACAGUUCUUUAGAAGGAUAAGCAUUUUUUUAAGUGGAUAAAAUGAGCUAAAUAUUAGUCAAUGACAUUUGCACAAUAAUUUUGUUUAAAUUUCAUUUUCAUUGUAGUUAAAUAAUGUUUCCUCGUUUCCUGUUUUGUGUAUUCAUCUUUAGAAACAGACGAAAUUACCAAAUAAAAAUUCUUCUAAAUUAAAAUAAAGUUUAUCAAUUAUUCUUGUAGAACAUAAGACCUAUGUAUAGAGGGACUAGUGCACAUUUUUAUUUAGGGGCCAGCUGAGGACCACCUCCGGGUGCGGGAUUUUCUCGCUGCGUUGAAGACCCAUUGGUGGCCUUCGGCUGUUAUCUGUUUUUUGGCCGGGUUGUUGUCUCUUUGACAUAUUCCCCAUUUCCAUUCUCAAUUUUAUAGAGGGAAUGUAAAUUAAGAUCUUUGCCUCACAAAAUCAACCUGGAUAGAGUGUUUUUGGGGCAUCAGAGGAAUACUUUUUUUUCUCCUCUAAGGAUUGCUUAUUGUUAUGGCUUACCCCAUGAGAUUACCAUUAUGUAUUGACAGAGCAUUUUGUUAAAUAAGCAAUCAUUCAGUAAGUCAGUACUGUAAAUUGGAAUGUUCCAGAACUAUUUAAUGAUUUUGUUCUUACUUUACACGGUAAAUUAAGAUAGCAGUAGUGUGAUGCUGUGAAUUUAUUUUUCUGUGAUAUUUUUAAACUGUACAAGAUACAAAGAGCAUAAUUUUUAUGGGUUAAUUAAUAUUCAAUUAGUCAUGGUUAUCAGGUUUCAUCCAUUUUAUGUGAGUCCGGGAUUUUUUAAAGAUUUGUUAUGAUGUUUAAUUUCAACUAUGAAUAAUUUUACAUGAAUAAGCUGCACAAAGAAAACGAAACUGUCAUGAUUUUUUCUCUCCCAUCUUUACCAAAGCAAGUGAGGUUAGUGUUUGCAAAUUAAGUUGAAUUCUGUGGAGUCAUUUAUGUCUGUGGGUUCCUAUUUUCAUGGAUAGCUGGAAUAUUGCUUUUUCCUGGAUAUUUAACUUUAUGGUUUUGCCAAAAUCUGCAUACAAGCUUAUAGAGAAUUUGUACUUCGUUGAACAUUGAAAUUCAUGGUUGACAUAUACCUAUGAAAUCCAUGAAAAUGGGUAUUCUAUGAAUAAUUAUCCACAGUACAUAGUUCUAUCAGAAUAAACUUGAAAGUAGAUAUUAAAGAUUUUUUGUAAGAUUGAAACAGUCAUUCCAAUGUCAUCAGAAAAGUAAUGUCCUGUGUAAGACAACUUUUUGUUAAGAAUUUAAGUUCAUAAAUGAUUGCAGUAAAUGCAUUUCAAACUCAAAGCCAAACUUUGUUUACUUCAUUGAUCUUAGCUGAGGAACUGUAGCUCUUAUAGUUCUAAUGAAAAUUUUGGGAUAAUUUGCAGAUCAAAGAUCCAAAAAAUAACAGAAGAACCACAUGAGCUAGGGUUUCUGCUUCUAAUUAGAACUAGAGAAUGCAGGAUUUUGAAUAGGCAGCUUGUUAUCACUAUACUAAAUAUUAGCUUGCAGUUUUUCUGCAUUUAUGGAUAAAAAGCAAAAACAAUCAUGCAGCUUUUGUGUAAUAGAACAGCUUUUUUUAUUUAUUAUUUAUUUACACAAGAACUGUAGACGACAUAUGUGCCCUAUAUACAUAUACACACAUGUUUAUUGACAGUAAAAAUAUACUGAAUGUUUUUAAUGAUACAAGAAUUCAGCUCUGUAGAAGUGUUUAAUUGUUAACCAUACUAGAUUGCUUAUUAUGGUAAUAUGGUCUUUUCAAAACUACGAGAGAAGGGUAAAACGGAAAUAGAUAAUGUGUUCAGAAUUCAUUUAGUAUGCACACACAUUGUUUAUAUUAAGGUUCUGUUUUACAUUCAUACAGUUAGAUUCUUAUUCAUUUGCAUUUAUUUCCUGUGUGUUCACAUCUUAAGAGUGCUUUCUUAAAUGGUACCUAAUGCUUUAGAGAAAAACAUUAUAUCCAGACAAAGAAUGAUGCACAUAAGCUUAGUGUUUGAAGAUGAUUCUUUUUUUUCAAUUGUAUCAUGACGAGUGACUUUAAGGACUUUUUUCCUUUCAGAAUAUCAAUAAUGAAAAAAACAACUUUUCCCAUUAAUUUUGACUCAUCAAAAGACACUAACGUAAAUACUUUUAUUAAAAUAUCUUUUUUAUAAAUAGGACUUUAUAGGUUUGCAUGUAGUUAAUAAAUUUUAAAAAAAAACGGUAAGACCUUUAUAGUUUAUUUCCAUACACAAAACUUUUGUGGAUUUUUCCCACUUCUUGUUAAGAACUUUUGUUACUAUAUACUACAAUACUUAAAAGAUUUUAUGAUGUUAUCACGAGGCAAUAUAUUUUUCUCGGGAAUUGUGCUAUACAUAUUGUAGGUACUUUCUGUUCUUGUUAAUAAAUAGAGAAUUAUUCUAA